AUACAUAUAUAUAACACUGCAGUAGUAUACAGUACCUAUAUUAUUUAAGUGACAGAAUCGCGGUAGUGCAAUGGUAGUGAACAAUGUAUAAGAAUUUUCUAUUUCAGAUGGUCACAUAUGUUUCAAGGUUUUUUUAAUACAAUUUAUUGUAUGAGCAAUUUCUAUUAAAUUUUUAUUUUUGGUUAACGACUGUGCAAGAAAAAUCAUGCACGCGCCGUGAUGACUACAGUGGGUCGCGGAUCGCGUACGAAGCGUUAUGGCUGAGCUUUUCAUCAUCGGACAACUGUGUAGCGCCGAACGGUUUCCUUCAAAGAGUUUAUUUUGCAAGUGGAGCGUUCACGCCGGUACCAACUGGAAAAUAAUAUCCGGCCACAAAGAAGGACAAACCCAAGUGGACUCCCCGGCUUACGAUAGCCGUACUUGGUGGUGUCACCCAAUUGACAUUCAUUUUGCAUCCAAAGGCAUACAAGGGUGGCCUAAAUUCCACGUGCAAGUUUACCACUACGACAGUUACGGACGUAGCGAGAUUUACGGAUACGGAUUUUGUUACGUGCCGACUACACCGGGAAAGCACACGGUAGAUUGCCACACUUGGCGGCCGAUCGGUAAUCUCAGGGACGAGUUUCGACGGUUCUUCCUCGGUGGUGGCGCCCAACUGAAAUCGCCGGAUUUUGUGUAUUGUGGCACGGAUCGGUACCGAUUACACACCGAGUCACUGGGAACGGUGCGUUUCCAGUUGAAUGUGAUAGCCCGGAACUUUCGGAGAUACGGAGUGGAACUGUAA